UAAAGAAACUACUCGAGUCCAUCGCUUGAGUCGAUCCAGAGGACUGAGGACGCGCUGCCGGAGUUCACGAACAGCCUUCGCGUUUACUAAACAAGCCACUAGAUGGUGAAAAUGGGGAGAAACUACUACGACAUUUUGGGCAUUAAGAAAGGAGCGUCCGAGGACGACAUUAAGAAAGCUUAUCGUAAACAGGCGCUGCGCUUUCAUCCCGACAAAAACAAGUCAGCGGGAGCCGAGGACAAAUUCAAAGAAAUCGCCGAGGCUUACGACGUGCUGAGCGACGAAAAGAAAAAGGACAUUUACGACCGUUUUGGAGAAGAAGGUCUGAAAGGCGGAGGAGGCCCCCCAGGUAACAAUGGUGGUUGUCCUGGCAACUUCAGCUACAGCUUCCAGGGCGACCCUCAUGUCAUUUUCUCACAGUUCUUCGGUGGACGUAACCCCUUCGAACAGUUAUUUGGAGGCCGCAAUGGAGGCAUGGAUGAGCAGAUGGACACCGACGACCCUUUUGCUCGCUUCGGGAUGGGGGGAAUGGGUGGGUUCCCUCGUGCCUUCAGCUCCGGUAUGGGAGGAAUGGGCCCUCACAGUAGCGUCGUGAAGAAGCCGCAAGACCCCCCCGUGGUUCACGACCUCCACGUGACCUUGGAGGAAGUUCUGUCCGGUUGCUUAAAGAAGAUGAAGAUCUCGCGCAAGAGGUUGAACCCCGAUGGGCGAACAAUAAAGAUGGAGGAUAAGAUCCUGGAGGUGCAGAUCAAGAAAGGGUGGAAAGAGGGCACGAAGAUCACGUUUCCCAAAGAGGGCGACGAGACUCCCACCAACAUUCCGGCGGACGUGGUCUUUGUGUUGAAGGACAAGUCUCAUCAUAAAUUCAAACGCGACGGCUCGAACAUCGUUUACACUGCCACCGUUUCACUCAGAGAUGCCUUGUGUGGCUGUACGAUCAACGCGCCCACCCUGGACGGCAGAACGGUGACCGUGUCAACGACGGACGUCGUGCAGCCGGGCAUGAAGAGGCGCAUCAAUGGCGAGGGGCUGCCUUACCCGAAACGCCCCGAUCGCCGAGGCGACCUGCUGGUGGAGUUUGAGGUCCGGUUCCCAGAGCGGCUCAGCCAGAGCGCCCGGGACACCAUCGCUCAGGUGCUGCCGCGAUACUAAACGAGGCCAACGGACAUCCCGGACCGACGAAUUGACUCUAAGCUGCCAACGUCUUCAGUCAUCGCGUCGCCGUUCACGUGGCCUUAUAAACCAACGACAGAGGAUAGACUUGUGAGACGGAUGAAUGUCAACUAUAAUAAUAGUGUAAAGAUUUUUGAGAAUGACUGUAGCAUUUCAUAGGGUAAAAUGUAAAUACGACCAAUGGUGUUUGAUACUGAAUAUGAUUAUAUUUUGAUGGAAAUAAGUACAAAUCGCACUGUAUUAUAUUGUAUAAAAUGUAUGCAUAUAUUCUUUUGUUGGUAUUAAAGAAUUUUAUGAAUACAUAA